CGCCGUGAAGAUUAGGAGAGUGAUAAGUCUUCAAGAGACUCGUGAAGAAAGAGAGAGAUAGAUUUGUGUGUUGUAGGUUUGGUCAUUGAGAAGAAUGGUGAAGUCGACAAGUAAGGAUGCUCAGGAUCUAUUCCGUUCUCUUCACUCCGCUUAUUCUGCUACUCCAACUAAUCUGAAGAUCAUCGACUUGUACGUUGUUUUCGCUGUCUUCACUGCUCUGAUUCAGGUGGCUUAUAUGGCUUUGGUGGGAUCAUUUCCGUUUAAUUCAUUCCUGUCUGGAGUACUCUCUUGUGUCGGGACGGCAGUUCUUGCUGUUUGCCUCCGGAUUCAAGUGAACAAAGAAAACAAGGAAUUCAAGGUAUUUAUUUCAGAACAAAAUUUAUAUGAUAAUUUCAUUUAUAUCAUUACAAUCCAAACUCAAACAUAUACCUUAGUUACACAGUCGAAUUGUAUAAUGAGAAGGUGUUCUCGUUAGUGUAGCACAAAACAGUUGUAACAAACCUACGCGGGAUUGUGGCUAUGUUUGUGAUAGCAGUUUAGGCAUUUGGAGAAUAUUUUAGGGGUUGGGGUUUGCGGGAGAGUUAGAUUCUCGUCACUAUGCAUUGUUUCUAGGUCUUUGUACAUCGAUUGCAUUGAAGAAAUAUACAUCAUCUUUAUUUAUAUAUAGAUGUUGAAAAUAACCUGUGAACAUGGGAUGGGAAUCAAUUGGUCUCUUUUCCCAA